AUGGCCCCAAUUAUUCACUGUGUCCGCCACGCCCAGGGCGUGCACAACCUCUGCACCGAGAACCACGUUAUACCCGACCCUCUCCUCACAGACCUCGGCCAUGAGCAAUGCAAAAAGCUGCGCGAAAGCUUCCCGCGCCAUGCUGACAUCGACCUGGUGACCACCUCACCGCUCCGUCGCACCAUCUACACAGCGCUGGAAAGCUUCGAGCCUGUCUUCCAGGCCAAACCGGACCUAAAGGUUAUCGCCCUCCCCGAUAUUCAGGAGACGUCAGAUGUUCCUUGCGACACUGGCAGCGAGCCUGAGUUGUUAGCAUCCGAAUUCAAGAGUGGCGUAGAUCUGGCGCUAGUGCAGAAGGGGUGGAACAACAAGCAGUCCGAUCGCUAUGAGCCAACCAACAGAGCACUGAAGGAGCGCGCCCGCGCAGCCCGCCGCUGGUUGAAAGCUCGCCCAGAGAAGGAGAUUGUGAUGGUCACGCACGGUGGAUUCCUGCACUAUUUCACCGAAGACUGGGAAGACAGCAGCCAGUUCCAGGGAACGGGGUGGACUAACACCGAGUACCGAACCUUUACUUUCACUGAGGAGGUGCACACCGACGACCUCGACGGAAACCCAUUGGAUGGCGAUAAUGCUUCCAUUGAGGAGACACUCGACUCUCGGGACCGUCGUGGUAAGAAGGGUCCUAUGGCCAGCCGGGAAGAGCAGCGGAACUUGUACAAGCUCGGUACCCAGGGCUGGGAUGACCAGGGAUUGCAGAUGAGCACGGCUGAGCGUGAGGCGGCUAAGGUUGGUGGAGGUAAGGAGGUGAAUGGCGUUCGGGUAUGA